CGCGGGCCCGUUACUGCGGACGCCCCGCGGCCCGCGCCCAACGCCUGGGGGUAGCGCGGGAGCGGCGGGGAGACGGGAGCGGCCGCGCCGCGGCGAGGAAGGCCCGGAGUUACUAUUGAGUAAGCGUUUAAGCCCCCAGUUCUGAGCCAUGGCCUCUGCAGUCCUCAGCUCUGUGCUCACAACUGCCUCUCGCUUUGCCCUGCUACAAGUGGACAGCGGCAGUGGCUCUGAUUCCGAGCCUGGGAAAGGCAAAGGCCGGAGUAAUGGGAAGUCUCAAACUCUGGGAAACAAAGCAACCUCAAAUGAGAAGAAACGGGAGAAGAGAAGAAAAAAGAAGGAACAGCAACAGAGUGAAGCAAACGAGCUCAGGAAUCUUGCUUUCAAGAAAAUUCCCCAGAAAUCCUCCCAUUCCAUUUGCAAUGUUCAACAUGAGCUUUCAUCGCCAAACCCAGCACAGAAGGAGUCACGGGAAGAAAACUGGCAAGAGUGGAGACAGAGAGAUGAACAGCUGACCUCUGAAAUGUUUGAAGCUGACCUUGAGAAGGCGUUGCUGCUGAGUAAGCUGGAGUAUGAAGAGCACAAACAGGAUUAUGAAAAUGCUGAGACUGCUUCAACUCAGACAAAAGGUAUAAAUAAAAAAGAUAAAAGGAAGAACCACCAGGGCAAGGACAAACCUGUCACAGUGUCACUCAAAGACUUCCAGUGUGAAGAUCAUAUUAGUAAAAAGGCAGAGGAAUCGAAUUCUGCUCAGACUUUAUCACACGAUGGGGGAUUCUUCAAUAGACUGGAAGAUGAUGUUCAUAAGAUUCUGAUUAGAGAAAAAAGGAGAGAACAACUCACAGAGCACAACGGAACAGAUAACUCUCCCGCUCCAGAGCACAACCAGGCAAAAUAUAAAGAAGUAAAAGCAAGAAAUGGACAAUUACUGAAAAUGCUUCAGGAGGGAGAGAUGAAAGAUAAGGCCGAGAUACUUCUGCAAGUGGAUGAGUCUCAGAGCAUCAAGAACGAGCUGACGGUCCAGGUGUCUUCACUUCAUGCCGCACUGGAACAAGAAAGAUCUAAAGUGAAAGUAUUACAGGCAGAAUUAGCCAAAUACCAGGGAGGCAGAAAGGGGAAAAGGAACUUCGAGCCUGACCAUUGCAGGUGAUCGUAGCCUCGGAGGCCAGCACAGAAUUCUUUCACACUUUUGCAGAAAUGUGUAUAUUUAAUGCUGUGCGACUGCUAAACUGCAGGUUUUUGUUGAAGGAACUAAAAGCAACUAGUUCACUCAUAGUCUACAGUUUUAUGUUCUUUUGGCUUAAAGUUAAAAGAAAAUACAGAAUACCAGCAGAACUUGAUUAUUGUUUUCUGUCUAAACUUCUUAUGACUUUAGUUUUUCAUCAGUCAAUAAAAUUAAUUUACUCUUCCACGAA